CUCGGUGACACUUCAACUUCCGCCAAACUGCUGAACGCUCUUUCUUUUUCGGCUCGCACCAGAGUCCAGUUGUGAACACACUUUUUGUGUAUCAUAAAAAAUACAUUUUAAGCCCUGAUUGAACAAUGGGGCGCGUCAUCCGUGCACAGCGUAAAGGUGCCGGGUCCGUGUUUACGGCCCACACCAAGAAGCGCAAGGGAGAGCCCAAGCUGCGCGCUAUGGACUACGCCGAGCGUCACGGAUACCUGAAGGGAGUCGUGAAGCACAUCAUCCACGAUCCGGGCCGUGGUGCCCCGCUGGCGGUCGUGCACUUCCGUGACCCGUACAAGUUCAAGCUCCGCAAGCAGCUGUUCAUCGCCGCCGAGGGCAUGUACACCGGCCAGUUCGUGUACUGCGGAAAGCGCGCCCAGCUCCAGAUCGGAAACGUUCUGCCGAUUGGUCUGAUGCCGGAAGGUACGAUUGUGUGCAAUCUGGAGGAAAAGACCGGUGACCGUGGCAAGCUGGCCCGUACCUCCGGAAACUACGCGUCCGUCAUCGCCCACAACCCGGACACCAAGCGUACCCGUGUCAAGCUGCCGUCCGGUGCCAAGAAGGUUCUGCCGUCGGCGAACCGCGCCAUGGUCGGAAUCGUUGCCGGUGGUGGCCGUAUCGACAAGCCCAUCCUGAAGGCCGGUCGUGCGUACCACAAGUACAAGGUGAAGCGUAACUGCUGGCCGAAGGUGCGUGGUGUGGCCAUGAACCCCGUCGAGCAUCCCCACGGUGGUGGUAACCAUCAACACAUCGGUAAGGCCUCGACCGUCAAGCGAGGAACGCCACCAGGUCGCAAGGUCGGUCUCAUCGCUGCCCGUCGUACCGGUCGUAUCCGAGGUGGAAAGGGAGACGAGAAGUUCAAGGAGAAGGAGAAGAAGUAAUCCUGCUGAUGUAUCGUUUUAUGUACUGAUAAGCUUGAAGAUUCGGUUCGUUCUGCGGAUUGCGCGGGAAGGACUCCUGUGUCCUUCGGAAUGGUUGGAAAUAAAUAAGAAAAUUCCAAAAAAAAACAGCAACAGA